AUGAAGGAGGGAGAAUCUGUCAACGAUUAUUUUUCCCGGACGCUUACCAUUGCCAACAAGAUGAAGGCAAAUGAUGAAAACAAAGGUGAUGUUAUAGUUGUUAAGAAAAUUAUGAGAUCCAUGACUCACAAGUUUGAUUAUGUUGUGUGUUCCAUUGAGGAGUCUAAGGAUACAGACACUUUGACUAUUGAUGAAUUACAAAGUAGUCUCCUUCUACAUGAACUCUGCAUGACGUCUCAUGUGGAAGAAGAGCAGGCUCUGCAGAUUGCUCAUGCAGAACAGGGACGCAGACGUGAAAGUCGUGGAGGCUUUGGACGACGCGGACGAGGUCGAGGACACGGUAGACAAGGCUUUGACAAAUCCAUUGUGGAGUGCUACACGUGUCAUCAACUUAGACAUUUUAGAUGA